AUGCCUCUGGGAACGCUUGAAGUUCUUCUUGUUGAUGCCAAAGGCCUUGACAACAAUGAUUUUCUGGCUGACAUGGAUCCCUAUGUCCUUUUGACUCUGAGGACCCAAGAGAAGAAAAGCAAUGUGGUCUCAGGGCAAGGAUCUGCACCAGAAUGGAAUGAAACCUUUGUAUUUUCAGUCUCUGAUGAUGUCUCCGAACUUCAUUUGAAAAUAAUGGAUAAGGAUAAUUUCAGCGCAGAUGAUUUUGUUGGAGAAGCAAAUAUUUCAUUAGAGCCAGUGUUCACUGAAGGUAGCAUUCCACCAACUGCAUACAAUGUUGUCAAUCAGGACAAGGAAUACCGUGGAGAGAUUAAAGUUGGACUCAGAUUCACCCCUGAGCCUGAGCAAAAUGACGGUCCAUCUGGGGAAUAUGGUGGUUCCGAGGAGGGCUACGGUGGAUGGAAACAAUCAUCUUAUGCAGAGGAGUAG